UUAAUAUUCAAUAGGCAACCAAAAGCAUCUCUCUCACACUCUUUGACUCGCUAGCUCGCGUUUUACCCACAAAAACAAUGGCCUCAGCAACUCAAGCGACCUUGAGCCUCUUCGCCGCUCCGCUGCCGGCCAAACCCCGCUCUCUCACCAUCCGAUGCUUAAAGUCCACCACUAGGACCACCAACCCACCCAUCGUCGGCCGGAAGCUCCGAGCCGCCGUGAUCGGAGCGGGCCCAGCUGGGUCCUCUGCUGCUGAGGCCUUGGCCGCCGGCGGAGUGGAGUGUUUCAUGUUCGAGCGGAGCGGUCCGUCCACCGCGAAACCAUGCGGCGGAGCGAUCCCUCUCUGCAUGCUUGACGAGUUCGACAUCCCAUCCCACCUCAUCGACCGCCAAGUCACUCGCAUGAGGAUCUUCUCCCCUUCGAAUCUCGCCGUCGAUUUCGGCAAAACCCUCCUCCCCCACGAGUUCAUCGCCAUGCUCCGCCGCGAAGUGCUCGACUCCUACCUCCGCACCCGCGCCCAGUCGCGCGGAGCCAACCUUAUCUCAGGCCUCGUCACGGAUCUCGAGGUCCCCACCUCGGUCGACGCGCCGUACGUGAUCAGCUACACGGCGGACAACAAGCGGGAGUCGCUGGCGGUGGACGUCGUGAUCGGGGCGGACGGCGCCAACAGCCGAGUCUCCAAGUCCAUCAAAGCCGGGGACUACGCGUGCGCCAUUGCGUUCCAGGAGAGGAUUAAACUCCCGGACGAUAAAAUGGACUACUACCAAGAUCUCGCCGAGAUGUACGUGGGAAACGACGUGUCGCCCGAUUUCUACGCGUGGGUUUUUCCGAAGUGCGACCACGUGGCCGUGGGGACUGGCACGGUGUGCUCCAAACAGGAUAUUAAGGUGUUCCAAAGGGCAAUUAGGGCUAGGGCCCAUUCUAAAAUCAGCGGAGGGAAAGUGAUCAAAGUAGAGGCCCAUCCAAUACCCGAGCACCCCCGACCAACACGCGUUAGAGGACGUGUGGCGUUGGUUGGGGACGCGGCCGGGUAUGUGACGAAAUGUUCGGGGGAGGGGAUAUACUUUGCGGCGAAAUCAGGCAGAUUGUGCGGCGAAGCGAUCGUGAAGGCGUCGGAAGGAGGAGAGAGGAUGAUCAACGAAGGGGAUUUGAAGAGGGAGUAUUUGAAAGAGUGGGAUGACAAGUACAUUACAACGUUUAGGUUUUUGGAUUUGUUGCAAAAGGUGUUUUACGGGAGCGACGCGGCGAGGGAGGCGUUGGUGGAGCUGUGUGGCGACGAGUACGUGCAGCGGAUGACGUUCGAGAGUUACUUGUACAAGAAGUUAGCGGAUGGGAAUAGGUGGGAGGAUGCUAAGAUGGUUUUGAAUACUGUUGGGAGUUUGGUGAGGUGUAACAUUUUGGGCAAGAAAAUGCAGGGUUUGAAGUUGUAGUAGGGUUUAGGGAUAGGGUAAUUUAGAUUUGGUUGCCUUAAUUGGCCUCGCAUGUUUGAUUUCAUUUGGGUCAAUUGUGGUGUGGUGGGAUUUAUCAACUGCUUUCUUCUUGUUUGAUUUCUUCAUAGGUGAAUUUAAGUGUGUGUGGUUGUUUAAUUCCAGUACUUGAAGGUUUUGUAGCCGGUGACGGUUUAAGGAGGUAAUGCCGUCUAUACACUUUCCUGCAAGUUCAAUAUCCUUCUCCCUACGCUAUUGUCUGUCAAAAAGAAGGUAAUGAAAUUUGUACGCUGAGAUGUGCACUAGCAAAUGAAUUAUUUCCGAUUAAAACGGAAUUGUUAUUA